GAAUUUAUUUGGAAAGUGCAUCUUGUGAUGAGGAUCAUUGCAGUCCAGGCAUUCCGAACAGUCAGACACAGAGGGUUUCCGAAAAUGGAUUUCUCGAAAUCAGUUUUGUGGAUUUUUGUGAUCGGCAUCGGUUGCGCUUCUUCGAUGAACUUAAAUUGCAGUGAAGCUAGAGACGAUGUUUGUGAACUAAAUCAUAUCUACCUAUCAGAAUAUACGGACGUUUCCGAUUGGGAGUUUCCAGAUCAUCAUGAUAUAGUCUUCAAAGCGGGUGCCGAAACUAUUAUUUCCUGCAUCACGAAAGAGGUCGCAGAGAAGCUAACAAACGCCCAAUCGAUCCAGCUACAAAACGUAUCGCUUUCGUCAUUCUAUCUUUGGGAACAUCUGUUGAGCCUGGAUGCCUCCUACAACUAUCUAUCGGAGCUCCUAGUUGAUCCCGGAAUGCUGUACAACCUUAAAUCUCUGAACCUGGAGCACAACAGAAUCCAAAAUAUUGACUUCCUGAAGGGUCUCUUCAAGCUCAGAGAUGUUGACGUCAGCAAUAACUAUCUGGAUAAAAUUGACCUAUCAGUCCUCGACUCCGCCAAGGAUCUAACAACCCUAAAACUUUCCAACAACCGCAUCCGAAUCAUAACCACCACAAUCGGCGAUAUGCUGCAUCUGCCUCGUCUUACAACUUUGAUGCUCAACAACAACCAGCUCUACAUUUUGGACGCCAGCCAGUGGCAGUUCAGUGUCCUGCAGGAUCUAUUCCUGGCCAACAACCGCCUGUCCUAUAUCAGCAUGUGUGAAGUGCAAAACUCGUUCCCACGUCUUCAAACGAUCUAUCUCGAUGGCAACAACUGGGAGUGCUCCUAUCUCAACAACACCGUCAAUCAGAUGCAACAAUCCGGCAUUAAGCUGGUCAACUUUGGUUCCCAAAAUUGCACGGCGGAAGCCGUCGAAGGUGUUUGUUGCUCCUGAAAAAAAGUGUCACUGUGGAACAAACAACUUGAUACCGAAGCAAAAAAACCAACCUAAAAGAAAAAUAAACCCCCUUUAAUCGGAGAGGUGAUCGAACGAAAUGAAGAGAAGAAAAAACCGGAAAGGAUCAGUGCCAAUCAGUGUAGGCUAAUUAAAUUAUUUAACGUUAAUGUGUUCUCCGGAGCUAAUAAACCAGUUGAUUUAUUGAAAUUGUGCAACUGCUUGUUUGG